AUGACUGAGGUAUUAGAGAUAGCUGUUGAAGAAGAGAUGAAGUCCAGUAACGCUGUACUCAAACACACUCUUACUUUGCUUUCCUUCUGUGCAGCACAGCCAUUGAGUCUUGAGAUAGCAGUCAAUUACAUUCGAAACGUAGAGGUAGAUAUGCAAGAUGAAGAUGACAUUAGGAUGAAGAUUCGAAGAUGCCCUCUGUUGCUGUUCGACGAAAAUGAGAGUGGUGUGUAUAUUAGAGUACAUCAGGUUACGCACGAUGCCGUCAGCAAAGUUGUUGGGAGAAAUACUCAGGAACGUGAAGUAGUAGUCUUGAAAGCGAUCGUUAAGGCACUGUUCCAGUUUGUGGAAGAUUAUAAACUAAUUGAUCCAAAUGACUUGAAUUCAGUUGGUAAAGGAACGGGUACCGUUCCUCAUUUACGAACGUUAGGAAGAACAAUUAGACAGACCUAUUCCAAGGAAACUGUAUCUGAAGUUGCAGAAAACGAUAUCUUCCAUACGUCUUCUACGUUGUUCUUCAACAAACUUGCGAAAACUUGCAAUAAGUAUUGCACGUUCGCCGAGGCAAAAGAAUAUUACGAGCUGUCGUUUCGCAUCCAGGUAAAAGCCCUCGGACCUGAGCAUGUUGAUCUUGCAAGCACGUAUAACAACCUUGGAUGUGUGCACAUCAAGCUAGGUGAGCUGAGUCAGGCAAAAGAGUUUUUUGAUCGCGCACUGGCCAUUCGUCUAAAAAAACUCGGACCUGACCAUGUCGGUGUCGCACGGACGUACGGUAACCUGGGAAUUGUGCAUUGCAAUCUGGGUGAUUGGAGUCAGGGAAAAGAGUUUUAUGAUCGCGCACUGGCCAUUCUUAAAAAACUCGGACCUGACCAUGUCGAUGUCGCAUGGACGUACGCCAACCUGGGAACUGUGCAUUACAAGCUGGGUGAACUGAGUCAGGCAAAAGAGUUUCAUGAUCGCGCACUGGCCAUUCGUCUAAAAAAACUCGGACCUGACAAUGUCCACGUCGCAAGCACGUGCGAAAACCUGGGAAGUGUGCACAUCAAGCAGGGUGAACUGAGUCAGGGAAAAGAGUUUUAUGAUCGCGCACUGGCCAUUAUUCUUAAAAAACUCGGACCUGACCAUGUCGAUGUCGCAUGGACGUACGCCAACCUGGGAACUGUGCAUUACAACCUGGGUGAACUGAGUCAGGCAAAAGAGUUUCAUGAUCGCGCACUGGCCAUUCGCCUAAAAAAACUCGGACCUGACCAUGUCGAUGUCGCACGGACGUACGCCAGCCUGGGAAAUGUGCAUUACAAGCUGGGUGAUUUGAGUCAGGGAAAAGAGUUUUAUGAUCGCGCACUGGCCAUUCGCCUAAAAAAACUCGGACCUGACCAUGUCGAUGUCGCACGGACGUACGCCAACCUGGGAAAUGUGCAUUGCAAUCUGGGCGUGACCGUGUAUGGUUCUCUACCAACUGAGCCAACAAGCCAAUUGGAAGCUGAUGAUUAUGUUGGUUCGUAA